CCUGAGCUUAAUCAGUGCAUCAACCCACAAUGCCACCCCCCCAAGCAGUAUCGUUCCGCUGCGACACUUGCGGCAGGCAAUACCAGCACAGCAGUCACCUGCGCCGGCACGAAGCGACACAUUCUGAUCCCCAACGAUUCCCAUGCGUGCAUUGUGGAAAGCAGUUCCGGAGGAGAGAUGUUUUGCGGAAGCACCACUACAGUUGUCCCAAGAACAACAACCCCGGCGAUGUGCCACCCCCGGCCAGGCGAGGCAUGAAGCCGCGAGCCUGCGAUAGGUGCUUCCGCAGCAAGGUCUCCUGCAAUGGCAGUGCGCCGUGCGCAAGAUGCGCAUCCCGCCAAGUGACGUGCACCUAUACGAGGGUCCAUGUCGACGACACGUCGUUGCCCACCAGUACUGCCCCUGCAACAGCAGCCCAGUCCCCGGACAGCGACAAGACGAAAAUUCCAGUCUCUUUCCUGCUUAGCUUUACCAACCCCGAGGCCGGGUCCAUGUACGAGGUGUUCCUUAACGAGCCCUACCCCAACGAGGACGCAGGCGGCGUCGAAUUCCAGGCGGAGCAGCAGCCUCCCGACACCGGCCUAGGCCAUGACGGGAUGAUCGGGGAAGUGUCCUUCUUCCCAAUGUUCUUCAACCAACUCUUCGCCGAGCCCUUCCCGGACCUCAGCAGCUCUUUCCCCUCAACCGACACCACCACCACGAACAUCAUCAUCACCACCCCCCCACCUUUCAGUGAAACCCUCGACCCAGCCUUCGCACCCCUCAUCUCAGACCUCGAAUCCCUCCACCACACCCUUGUCACCUCAGCUACCAGUACAUACGACGGCACGUUCGAUUCUGCCCUGGCAAAACAGGUCUUCACGCUCUCCAACCGCGAGGCCUUCGUCGCAGCCUACUUCUGCCACACCCACCGCGAGCUGCCCUUCGUCCACCGCCCCAGCUUCGCAGCCGACACCUGCGCCCCGGCACUGCUGCUCGCCGUGUGCCUGUGCGGCGCCCAGUACUGUGCUCCGCGCGACAGCGUGUUGGCCGUGCCGCGCUUCUUUCGCAUUGCCGAUGAGUACGUCUUUCGGGUUCUAGAGGCGCAGGUUGUGAGGUACGAGGAGCGGAGGAGGCGGAUUGGUUCUACGAGUGGCAGGGGGGGUGGGAGUGAGGAUGAACGGGAGAGGGAAGAAGAGCGGGAGUUGUAUGAUACCCUGAGGGGCGCGCUGCUCAUUCAUGGGCUGUUGUUCAUGAUCAAUGACACACCGGCUAGGAAGCGGAAUCUGCUGGUGCGCAGGCCGGCGCUGGUAGAUGCGGUAAGGAGGGUUGGGUUCACUAGCGCGAGGCAGACCCAGGAGGGUGGUGAGAUGCCGGACUGGAGCGUGUUUGUCAGGGAUGAGACGAGGAUUAGAAUCGCCAUGUGGACGAUCCUCGCAGACUGGCAACAGACAGGCCUGUUCCACAUCCCCGGGCUGAUGACGGUGCACGAGAUGACUGGCGACAUGCCGUGCUCAACCGAGCUGUGGGAAGCCCGCGACGCGGCCGAGUUCGAGGCGCUGGUAGCAGCAAAGGGGAAAGGCUGCUGGCGGCGAUCAGCAUCCCUCCGCGACUGCAUGGACGCGCUGAUGGCAGAGAGCUGGUCGGGGAUGUGCCGGUUCCCGCUGAAAGACCUGUCCCCGAUGGACCUACAUAUCUUGACCUUCGCCUUCCACUCCAUAAUCGGCACAGCACGGUUCAUGUCGCUGCUCCAGACCAGCAUCCCGGCGCUCCGGCGCGCUACUGACCGGUGGCAGGAGCUGUGGCGGGCCGUGACGGCCCAGCUGGACGCCGAGCAGCUGCGGAUGAGCGGCAUCGUGCGGCACUCGGGCGAGUUCUGCUGGCUGGCCAAGGCGUUCCUGGAGCAAGCCCUGGCCGGGAAGGACAGGACGACGCCGUAUUUCCAGCGCAUUGGACACGAUACCCCGAAGGAGCUGCAUGAGAUGCUCCAGGAGCUGCGAGGAGCGCAGUGAUAUCUCUAUGUUGGUGGAGGCAACUACUAGUAACUAGGGGUUAUGAACGGGAGUACUUGCACGGGCAUGAUUGCAACCUAGAAUAUGAAAAUCCUGCUCUAUAAGUACUGCUGCCUUUAAACCACGUAGAGGAUCGCAAAACGGAUAC